GACGUCACCAAACACGCGAAAGAGACGAUAGAGGGAGAGAGAGAGAGGAGGCGCUCUUCAAAGUUCUCGAGCCGCGACGCGAUCGGUGCGCGCCCGCAAGGAGGAAGACAAAGAAUGGCGAUCGCCGCCUGCUUCAACCCCUCCCUCUCCCUCCCGGAAUCCGCCCCCUGCCUCCGCAUCCGCCGACACGUCGCCUCCCCGCCGCCGCUCCGCCUCCACCUCCGCCUCCCCGCCGCCAAGGCCGCUCCUAUCGCCCUCUCCUCUCCCCCUAUCCCCCGCCGCCGCCUCCUCCUCUCCGUAGCUUUCUCGUCUACCGGCGGCGGGGGCGACUUCAUCGACGGCAAUGGGAACUCCUCCGGCGGCGGCGGCGGCGGGGACGGCGGCGGCGCCGAUAGCGCCGGGGACAGGAACAGGAAGGAGGCGCUCAUGGUGCUGGCGGAGGCCGGGCGGCAGCUGGAGAGCUUGCCGAAGGACCUGGCGGCUGCGAUCGAGGCCGGGAGGAUCCCCGGUUCGGUCGUGUCGAGGUUCUUCGAGCUCGACAGGUCGCCGUUCUUCCGGUGGUUGAUGCAGUUCGGAGGUUUCAAGGAGAGGCUCCUCGCCGACGAUCUCUUCCUCGCGAAGGUCGGGAUGGAGUGCGGAGUGGGGAUCUUCACCAAGACCGCUGCUGAGUAUGAACGACGCAGAGAGAACUUUUUCAACGAGCUGGAAAUUGUCUUUGCAGAUGUGGUGAUGGCUAUUAUUGCGGACUUCAUGCUUGUUUAUCUCCCAGCUCCAACUGUGUCUUUGAGACCAGCACUUGCAAGUGGUGCAGGGUCCAUUGCUAAAUUCUUCCAUAAUUGCCCUGACAAUGCAUUUCAGGUUGCUCUCUCUGGAACAUCAUAUUCAAUGCUGCAGAGAUUAGGUGCUAUAGCGCGUAAUGGCGUGAAGCUUUUUGCUGUUGGCACGACUUCUUCUCUGGUUGGCACAGCAGUGACAAAUGCGUUAAUUAAUGCCAGGAAGGCUGUUGAUAAGUCUGCAGCAGAUGAAAUAGAAAAUGUGCCCAUACUGUCAACAAGUGUUGCGUAUGGUGUAUACAUGGCUGUUUCUAGUAACCUCAGGUACCAAGUGCUGGCGGGUGUUAUUGAACAGCGGAUUUUGGAGCCCAUGUUGCACCAGCACAAGAUUAUGUUGAGUGCACUCUGCUUCGCAGUCCGGACUGGCAACACAUUCUUGGGAUCAUUAUUGUGGGUAGAUUAUGCUAGAUGGAUUGGCAUCCAGUAACCAUGAAGUCAAGAAAAUGGAGGGCUUCUUUGAUUAUGUUGUUCCAUUGGUCAGAAUAGCAGUUUGCCUCAUUGUUUGGUUCUCGUAUCGAUUGUUUCCUCUGAAGCUGGAGGUUUGAGAUUCUGGUUUUUCGGUAUAUAUAGGAACUGAUUUUGGAAUCACAGAUUCCCUAUCCUGAAUUGAACAGAAUCCUCUUCAAGCACAAAAAGGUUGCUGCUCCCUGUUGCUCUGGUUACUUAGUUGGGGCUGGUUUGAGAACCUCACAAAAUACUAAGAUCUACGAUUUCAGCGUUACCGAAGUUGUGGGUGGGAGUCAACUAAAUUGAUCCAGAGAAGGGAGUUUUGGUCGGUUCUGAUGAUGGUGUGUGUUCAGUUUGUUAUGAGCGAUGACCAGUGCUGUCUCAUUGGAUUCCUGUCAAUCCCAAACCGUGGUUUGAUUC